GUUUCUCAACAUCAACACAAGUUGACGGCGUGCAUCACCUCCAAGAUUUCGAAUCAAGAUGCAGCUUCCAAUUCUUGCAGUAUUCGCCUGCUUGGUAACUUGGGUUGCAGCAGACGGUCUUCGAAACGGCUAUGAGCGUGUUUGGCUCUGGUAUGCUUACCAGAUUGAUCUGACGCUCCCUGAAGCAGACCGACAAAUUGGCAAGAAAUGCAUCAAAUGGGACUUCACAAACAAGAAUUGCCCUCCUACAUAUCAGCCAACUGGGAAGAAAGGAAAACCCGUUGGUGGCCCGCAGCCAAAUACAGCUCUUUGUAGCGGGACGCGCCCAGGUGGAGCAUGCUAUUUCUGGGAAUUCAUGGGCCACAUCGAUGGAAAGAGAUACCAACCAAGAAAUAUGUGGCUCUUACCGACGACCGACCCUACAGACAUUGAGCAGCAGAAGAAUCUGAAGCCGGACGUUGCGACUACGGCAAAGUGGUUAUCGGAACAACAUGGGGACCCUUCAAAACCUCUCGAGUUGUCCAACAAUAUUCCUAGGGCGACAAUAUAUGCUCCUUGGAGAGUGUACCAGGGAGUUGGAGAGAUCUACAACGACAUGUUGAGAGCUGUGGGGGCACACUCAGCAGACACAAUCUCAAAGCUCUCCGCAGAUCAAAAAGCCGCACUCAAAGACGAGCUUGAUGCGGUAAAGUUGUCUUUGAGAAGCACCAUCGUCGAGCGAGAGAUCGAUCACUCGAAACACAUCUUCGAUGCAGGUACCGAUAAAGGCUUCGCACUUGCCAAGCGCACAGAAGCUGGAUAUACUGGGGAUAUCGUGGAUUGGGACGAGACUAGGAAGCUUCAUUCCGAGGCUGACUUCAACAAGUUCUACAAUGACUAUUACCACCUUGCGUAUAACGCUGGACCACCACCAAACGACGAUGCGUACAAGGCUUCCAAGGCAGCCAGAGAACAUCUGCAGGUGAUGGAUGAUUUCAGAUUUGUAGAAAGUGGGGCGCUUGCUUGUGGCAUCUGAGGAAUGGAGAGGGGUCUGGGAAAUCGAAUACGGGUACGGAAACAUGUGUAAUGGUCUUCAUUUGGUAUCAAUAAAUUUCAUUGUCAAAGUGAUUAAAUUUCAAAGCACAACCACAAGACCGAUGUAUAUAUUGUCGCU